AUGCAACAAGGAGGUGGAGAAAGAGGGUCGUCACAGCCACAGCCACAAUAUGGUGUGCCACACCAACAAGAACAAGGUGAUGUACCUUCUUCUACAUCUACUGCACUAGCAACCCACAUGCAGCAGCAGCAAGUAGUAGAAGAAGCAUCGCCCAUAAGCAGCAGACCUCCAGCCACUGCUGCUGCUACAAGUGGCGGUGUUAUGAAUUUAGAUGAAUUUAUGAGACUUUCAGGCAGUGGUGGUGCAGAAGAAGAUAUUGCUGGAGAAGAUAUUGCAGAUCGAACAGGAGGUAUUGCUAGUGGCAAUAGGUGGCCAAGGCAAGAAACUCUUGCCCUUUUGCAAAUUAGGUCUGAAAUGGAUGCUGCUUUUCGUGAUGCCACCUUAAAGGGUCCUCUAUGGGAGGAUGUUUCAAGGAAGCUAGCAGAGUUGGGAUACAAGAGAAGUGCCAAGAAAUGUAAAGAAAAGUUUGAGAACGUGCACAAGUAUUACAAAAGAACAAAGGAAGGAAGAGCUGGUCGUCAAGAUGGGAAAAGCUACAGGUUUUUCAGCCAGCUCGAAGCACUGCAUAGUACUGGUGGUGCUUCUCCUAGCAUCGUCAAUGUGUCCGGUGCUGCUCCUCAGCCGAUAGGCACGACAACGACAAGCAGCCUAGACGUUGCUCCUGUUUCCGUUGGGGUUCCUAUGCCUAUUUCAUCUUCUUUUAGAAUUCCUCCACCUUCUUCUCAGGUACCUCAACCAGCUUCAAAUAUUGGCUCCAUGUUUCCUCCUGAUUUCGGGGCAACAGUGGUGCCUGCAGUUGCUGCCGCUCCGGCUGCAGGUGCCCCUGUUGGAAUUAGCUUCUCGUCGAAUGGGUCUUCUUCUUCUCCAAGUUCUGAAGAUGACGACGACGACGACGACGACGACGACGAAGAUAUAUUAGGAGGACAACCAUCAGGCAUGGCUGCUGGUACUAGUCGAAAACGUAAAAGGGCAUCAUUAUCAUCAUCUAGAGGAGAAACUCACAGGAUGAUGGAGUUUUUUGAGGGGCUAAUGAAGCAGGUGAUGCAAAAGCAAGAGGCAAUGCAACAGAGAUUUUUGGAGGCGAUCGAGAAGAGGGAACAAGAUAGGAUGAUAAGGGAUGAAGCUUGGAAAAGGCAAGAAAUGGUUAGAUUGAGUCAUGAACAUGAGAUUAUGGCUCAAGAACGGGCUAUUUCUGCAAGUCGAGAUGCUGCUAUUGUUUCCUUUCUACAGAAAAUUACUGGCCAAACUAUUCAUUUGCCUACGCCUGUAUCAAUUGCUCCUCCAGUUUCACAACCACCACCACCACAGCCACAACCGGUUCAAUUAGCGCCAUUGGUCACUGUCUCAAGACAACAACAACAACCACCACCACCACCACCACAACCGCAACCGCAACCUAUGCCUCAGUCACAAGUAACACCACAACAAAAUAAACAACAGCCAGAACCACUACCCCAACAACAACAACAUCAACAGCAGCAGCACCAUCAAGUUCAUCAUCAACAUCAACCACCCAUUUCUUCAGAUAUAGUAAUGGCUGUCCCAGAACAACAAGUAGCACCACAGGAAUUUGGAAGUGGUGGUGGGGGCAGUGGGAGCGAACCAGCAUCAUCAAGAUGGCCAAAGGCAGAAGUUCUUGCACUUAUUAAGUUGAGAAGUGGGCUUGAAACUAGAUACCAAGAAGCUGGGCCUAAGGGACCACUUUGGGAAGAAAUCUCGACAGGAAUGCAAAAGCUGGGCUAUAGAAGAAGUUCCAAGAGAUGCAAAGAGAAAUGGGAGAAUAUCAACAAGUAUUUCAAGAAAGUUAAAGAAAGUAACAAGAAACGGCCAGAAGAUGCCAAGACCUGCCCUUAUUUUCAUGAACUUGAUGCCCUUUACAGGAAAAAGAUAAUAGGCAGCAGCAGUGGUGGUGGUGUUGGUGGAAGCACCUCCGGUAGUGGCUUUGACAGCCAAACUAGGCCACAGGAGCAACAGCAGCAAGAGGGCUUAAAAUUGGAUCCAGCGCCACCUCCAAUGCAGCAGGCAGUACCACCACAGACACAACCCACAGAAUCACAAAAUAAAAAUGGGGCAAGUGUUGAUGUUCAAGCAAGCAGUACAGGUUUACCAGGAAGUCUCUUUGGAGAAGGAAAUGGAGCAAAAAAGCCAGAAGACAUCGUGAAGGAGUUGAUGAAACAGCAGGGGACUCAACACCAACGGCAACAUCAAAAUCAUCAGCAACAACAGCUAGUGGUGGAUGACUACGAUAAGAUGGAGGAAGGUGACAGUGAAAACGUAAAUGAAGAUGAAUAUGAUGAGGAAGACGUAGGUGAUGAAGAUGAUGAAGAUGAUGAGGCAUUACAGGAGGAGGGGAAAGUGGCAUACAAGAUAGAGUUUCAAAGGCAGAACACAAGCAAUGCCACCAAUGGAGGAGGGAAUGGGGCGCCUUCUUUUUUGGCCAUGGUUCAAUAG